CAAGCAAACAACAGUGACAAUAAGAUAAAUUGUAACAUCAUUUUGUUUCAGUUCUAUAGAAUUUGGCAACGUUUUUGUGUUUGAUUUAAAAAAAAAAAUGCUGGCGUAAGUUCCGGUUUUGAGACUGACAGCAAACUGGGUACACACGUGGUUGAUUCACGUGAGUCAUGAUGUGACCACCACGAUCGACAGCAGGAUUCAUCAUCGGAGGAGAAGAGGAUUUUGCUUCAUAUAGACAUGGCAAACAAUAAUCGUAACGUUAAGCUGUUGCUCGAGCUCGUGCAACAGCCUGGCAACAAUCAGUGCGCAGACUGCGGAGCAGCCGAUCCAGACUGGGCAUGCUACAAACUGGGUAUAUUUGUGUGUCUGAACUGCUCUGGCAUCCACCGAAAUCUGUCCAGCCGAGUCAAAUCCAUCAAACUGGACUUCUGGGAAGAUGAACUGGUCGAGUUCAUGAAAUCCAAUGGCAACACCAGUACUCGAGCGCUGUAUGAGAAAGCUGUUCCACCUUACUACUAUCGUCCCAAGGAAAAUGACUGUGUUGUCUUGCGAGAGCAGUGGAUUCGAGCCAAAUAUGAAAGAAUGGAAUUCACUGGAGAAACCAAGUAUCCUCCAGUCUCUUAUACCACAGGUUUCUAUGAAGGAAUGCUGUGGAAAAAGGGGAAAGAGAACACACAAUUUCUAAAGAGGAAGUUUGUGCUAUCAGAAAGAGAAUUUACCCUGACCUACUACAACAAGGAAAAUGAGUCUAAAGGCCCCAAGGCUGUGAUACCUAUUAAGGACCUGAAUGCCACUUUUCGGCCUGAGAAGAUUGGUCAUCCCAAUGGGCUGCAGAUCACCUACCAAGAUGACAAUCGAACCAGGAACCUCUAUGUUUAUCACGAGAGUUCUGAGGAAACAGUCACAUGGUACACUGCCAUCCGUGCUACCCGUUAUGCCUACCUGAAGACGGCCUAUCCAAACAAAAGCGAUGACGAACUGGUGCCGGAAAUAACAAGAAACUACCUCAAAGAGGGAUUCAUGGAGAAGACGGGUCCUUCACAAAAGGAGCCAUUCAAAAAGAGAUGGUUUAUUUUGGACUCCCAAAGCAGAGAGUUGUUCUACUUCAAAAGCCCACUGGACGCAGAGGAGUUAGGUGCCAUUUUCAUUGGGACGGAGAGUAAAGGCUACUCUGUGAAGGAGUGCGUUCCAAAAAAUGCUCGUGGAAACAAGUGGAUGUGCGGCAUUGUGUUACAGACACCUGAACGACAGUUUGUUUUCAUGUGUCAACACAAGACUGAGCAGAGAGAGUGGCUGGAUGCCCUCAGUCAGGUUCUUGCCAGGCCCAUGACACCGCAGGAUUAUCCCAUUGAAGCCAAUGUCAGGUCCAAAAGAUGAACUGGUGAGAAAGGUGGCAGAGUUUGAAAAGUGAUGUGACUGGAUUCCUCAAUCUCAUGCUGUCUGUUCACGAUCCAGAGUGAUGAUGACGUGGUUCUCAGCACUGACUGUGCCACAGUGUGGACACUUUUUCCUGACACUGAUGCUGAGGCUCCGUUUCACAGUUCAGAAUGUACUGUAUCAUCAUAGAAAAGUGUUAAUGUUGUGUUUACCUUCAGCUACCUGAACAUCUUUUCUUUCAUUAUGCAGUACACCGUGCAAGAAGAAUCAUUAUCAUGAUAUUUUUAAACUAAAUGGUGAUUAAAGUUGUAAAGAAACGGUUACAAUGAUAUUCCCUGACAGUGAGUUUGUUUUUCAUUUAAUGUCAUAUAUUUCUUAUUUUAUAUGCACAUGCAAAUGAGUAUUUUUAAAUGUCAUUUUAGUCACAAAGAGACAUUAUUUACACAGUAAAAUUAUCACUUUGGUUAUGUCAGCAGUUAACGCCUGUAGAUGGCAAACAGACAAACUGAUUCAUAGCAGAGUCAAUUUUUUAUUUACGGUCUGACAGAAGCCUCCUGACCAGCCAGCCUCCAUUUGUGUAGUACUUUCAUUCCCAGUAAACAUCAUGCAAAAUUUUAGGCUUAUAUCAUCAUUAUUUUACCCGAGGUCAUCAAAUAUGGCCAUCAGGUAUUGCGAAGACUUUGCAUUCGUCCAUCUGUCUGUCUGUCUGUGCUCAUAAGUCCAGUCCUAUUACUGCCAGAGCCUUUAA